GCAGAUGAAAACAAACUAAACUCCAGCUCAUGGGAGGAUACAUUGACAGAGCCACAAGAACAGCAUCCACAGUCGCAGUCACAGUUGCCGUUGCAGUCACACUCGGAGUCACUGUCAGUGGCACAGGCACAGCAUCAGACAUCGUCGUUCAUCACAGCGCCAGGUCAGGGGGUUGGCAGCCAGAAGGCGAGCUUGACCACAGCGCAGCUGCAGAGCGCGUUUAGCCGGCGCAUUGCGGAGCAGCAGCAGCAGCGGGCAAAGGGCGGCCAGAUCAGCCAGCAGGCAGACAGCGCCACAAUUGCCGGCGGAAGCUUCAGCGCCAACGGUGGCCAGGCUGCCGUUGGUGUUGGUGUCGUUGGUGUCGGUGUUGGCAGCAGCGCGAGCAGCAGCAGCGAGCGGGACACCAAGUCGCCGGGACGCGAGCGACGCGAGCCGCCCACAGCGAGCCACUCCGACGAGGAGAACUUCACCGAGGAGGAGCAGACCAGCAGCAGCGUGAGUUCAUUAAGCGCCGGCAACCAACGCAAUUCGCAAUUGCGUUCCACCUUCAACAAGGCCAAGCAGCAUUUGUCGUUUGACAAAUGGCGCACGGCCGCCUCGGCGAGCUCCUCUAGCGCCACUCCGAACUCGCUCAGCGGCCAGCCGCAGUGCAGCCAGAGCGUCGGCCCGAACAGCAGCCGCGACAGCAACAUGAUUAUGCGACGGGCCAGCGCCUGCACGAUGCCCACCGGCUCGGGGGCGGCAGGCGGGGUGUCCCAGCGCGAGGAUAAUACGGCGCCCGGUGAAUCGCCGGGCGGACGGCUGUCGCGCUGGUUCUCCAUACGGCGCGGCUCCUCGCACCAGUACGAUGUGGGCGGGCGCGACGGGCGCCAGCUGACCGGCUCCAGCUUCGAUAUGCCGGAUGCCUCGGCCUCGGCCGCAGCCGCACCGAAGCCGACGGCAGCGAACGCGACGCUGGACGCCGCCUCGCCACAGAAGCUGGCCAAUUUGGGCGCCAGCAAGAUGAUGCCGGGCGUGCCCGAGUACGAGGACGACGAGAACUCGGCGCCGGAGAACAAUCGCUUCGACAUGGACCUGAUGAUACCGCCGGGCAGCCGGGCCAACGGCACCGCCCGCACCACCCACAGCCGACUCAUAGUGCCAAUGCUGCCACCGGCACCGCCCGGCCUCUCCCAGCAGCAGCUCAAGCGGCGCCACAUCGUGGCCGCCAUCGUGCACAGCGAGAACUCCUACGUGGCCACGCUGCAACGUCUAGUCAAUGAUUACAAGAAGCCGCUGGAGGAGUGCAGUCCACCGGUACUGAAUCCGGUCAAGAUCGCAACGCUGUUCCACUGCUUGCCGGACAUUCUGCACUCGCACAAGCUGUUCCGCAUCUCGUUGGCUGAGUGCGUGCGCAACUGGGAUCGCGACGAGAAGAUCGGCGACUGCUUCGUCAGUGCCUUCGGCAAGCCGCAGCUGCUGGAGAUCUACUCGGGCUUCAUCAACAACUUUUCGGCGGCCAUGGAGCUGGCCAAGAUGGAGGAGAAGCGCAAGUCGGCGCUGGCCGACUUCUUCAAGGUCAAGCAGAUCAGCGCCCACGAUCGCCUAUCCUUCUUCGGGCUGAUGGUGAAGCCCGUGCAGCGUUUUCCCCAGUUCAUACUGUUUCUGCAGGACCUGCUCAAGUACACGCCGCAGGGCCACCACGACCGCAUGUCCCUGCAGCUGGCGCUCUCCCAGCUGGAGCUGCUCGCCGAGCUGCUGAACGAGAGCAAGCGCGUGGCGGAGCAGUACCAGGCCUUCAAGGAGAUGCUCGGCCACAUUAGCGGCACGUUCAACACGCGCUCCCUCAACAGCGUCAGCGACAGCUGCGGCAACCGGGCGCGCUAUCUGCUGCGCGAGGACAAUGUCACCCACAUGGAGUUCAACCAGGCCGGCUUCAUUGUCAAGUGCAAGCAGCGACGCCUCCUGCUGCUCAACGACAAGGUCAUCUGCGUGUCCGUGGCGCCUAAGCAGUCGCACGACUUCGGCGCCACCGAGAAGCUCACCUUCAAGUGGAUGUUUCCGGUCAACGACGUCGAGAUUGUGGACAACAGCGCAUCGGCAACACUCUCGAGGAUACUAACAGCAGGCCUAAAUCGGGGCGGCAGUCUCAAGUCGAACGGCAGCAGCGGCAACGCCAACAGUGCCGGCGGCUACGCCAAUGCAACACUCGGCGGUCACGGCCAUGGCCAGGCUGGGCUGGCUGGCUUGGGCUCCCCGUUCGCCGCCGUGGAUGCGCACAGCUCGCCAGCCGCGCAGCUCACGAACGGAGCGGAUAAUCUGUGCAACGAGAUGAGCACCCUGAUGUACGACUACGAGGUCAUAUCACGCAUACACGACCUGGUCGGCACCCUGAAGGGCAGCUACAAAGAGCUGAACUUGAACACCACACGCAACGUGCUUAACACCAUCCAGGGCUCCAUACAGCGCAAGGACGAGGAGAUGGCCUGGGUGGACUCCUGCUGCCUGCAGCUGAUUGGCCGCCACAAGUCAGGCAAGGAGGAGACCUUCACUUUCCAAACUCAGACGCCGAAUGUGAAGAAGGAAUGGAUAACCGAACUGAGACUCGCCCAGCUGGCGCUCGAUCCGAACAACUCGCCCGCCUGGGAGCGCUCAGUCUCCCAGCCCCACCAUGCACACACACAUCACCAACAUGCCAAUGCCUCACAGUCGCCCGGUAGUCCUCAGGCCACCCUGCACACCUACGAGCAGCAGCAGCUGCAGGAAGCUGUGCAGCAGAAACAGUCGCGCAAGAUGCCACUAUUUGUCAAGGCGAUGCCCGUCUACCGAUCACAGCAUCAAACGGAGGUGCGCUGUGGAUGCUAUUACAGCAUCGCCAAUGACACUAAGCAGAGCGGCAACGCGCGACGCCGGCACAAGCAGCUGAACUAUCUCUGGAUGUGCAGCAGCGAUGGCACUUCGUCACACAUCACCGUGCUGGCCCAGCACCCGCAGCAGGCGGGCAAUUUGCGGGAGGCGGGCUCCUUUGACUUGGUGGAGACGCAGGUCUCGGCAAUGGAGUUCGUGAAGGGCCUGGACCAGUGCCGCACGCGCGAGGAGCACAGCAGCCUGCUGGGCGACCUCGUCUGGCUCGGCACGGACAGCCGCAAGCUGCUCAUUUACUCGGCGCGCAAUCCCGAGCAGGAGGAGCAGCUGGGCAGCUAUGCGGUGCCGGGCGCCGUGCAGCGCAUUCUGUACCACUUCGAUGCCGUCUACGUGUCGCUCUCCAACGCGACCGUCUUGAUCUACAGGCGCGCCCACGACGGCGUCUGGCAGCUGCGCGACCCGCAGCAUGUCUCGCUCGGCGACUCUGGCAUGCCCGUGCCCAGCAUGCUGCCCAUCAACAUGAACAUCUACGCCUCGUGCGGCAAUAGGGUCUACGUGCUGAACGCCCUCAACGGCGAGCUGCAGCGCAGCUUCGAGGUGCAGCACGGCGCCAGCCAGCAGGUGAAUCUGAUGGCGCACUCGGGCAUCGGCCUCUGGAUUUCGCUGAAGAACUCGACAAUGCUCUGCCUCUACCACACGGAGACCUUCAAGCACUUGCAGGACAUCAACAUUGCGUCCAGCGUGCUGCGCUACGAUGCCAAAAAGGAGCAGCCGCUGAACAACAGCUCCAUCUACGUGACGGCUCUGAUGGCCUGCAAGGGCCUGCUGUGGGUGGGCACGAAUGUGGGCAUCGCUGUCACCAUACCGCUGCCCCGGCUGGAGGGCGUGCCCAUCAUCAGUGGCGGCAUCAAUAUGUCCUGCCACGCCCACUUUGGCCCGAUCACCUUCCUCCUGCCGCUGAUACCGAAAGUCUAUCCGACCUACAAGCCGAUGGCCGGCGCCACGGUGUCAGCUCCGCUGGUGCCCACCGUGCCGAGCAUGGGCGAGGACCUGCAGCUGCCCGCCAUCGAUGCGGAUCCCAAGAAGCUAACCGAAACGGACCUGGAGGAGAGCACAGUCAUCCUGCGCCGCGAUCUGCCCAAAGAGGAGCUUGGCUCUACUUCGAACUCUCAGGCUGGCGCUAGCUCCGGCCCGACGACUCCUGCCGCUUCCUUGCUGCGGGAACCGAGCGUCGAGGCAGCAGCGGACUCCAACGUGGCAACGAGCAGCCUCUCGGCCGCCUCUUCGCCGCGCUGCUCCAAGCUGGACAAGCAGCACUCACUGGACCAAAGCUUCACCGCCAAGAUACGCGCCUCGCUCGCCAACUCGCCCGCAUUCCAUCGCAAACGCUUUCGGGACCUGGGCGCUGGCAGCGGCAGCGGCAGCGGCAGUGCUGAUGCAACUUCUCGCAUGUCCAAGACGUUGCCGCGCGGCCUUGGAUCUGCUGCAGCGGCAGCAGCCAACGGAGCCGGAGGACUGCAUUCAGGCGCGGGCGCGCUGUCGCAGCACGGGGAGCACGGCUACUGCGACGUGUACGGGCUGUACGGCAAGCUGAUCUUCGUGAAGGAGAACUACGAUGCCGAGGAGGGCACGCAGGGCAACCUGAUGGACAUGAUGUACGAGGGCAUGCGACGCUCCGAUCCGGAGCUGGCCGCCAUACCCGGCAAGGUGUGCACCCUGGACAGGCGUCUGCGCAUGAAGGCCUCGCGUCCGCGCUCGCUAGACCUCUCCAACUGGUCGGUGGACUCGAAGUCGUCCAGCCUGUACACAUCGUCAGGCAGCGAAGAGAGCAUGGGCAUCCGGCUGUUUGGCGGACGCUCGGUCUCGCGCAACAGCAGCAGCGCCAGCCACAAGACCUCCGGCACGGGCAGCGACCUGGGCAACAUCUCGGAGAACGGCCUGAUGACCACCGCCGACAUACACCAUCAGCACCAGUCGAACAGCGCGCCCAAGUCCGAGGACGGCUUCAAGCACAUGCAGGCGGCCGCCGCCUCGGACAAGCAGGCAGCACCGGCCGCAGUUGCCACACUGAAGCGCAAGCAGAAGCAGAACUCGAAGCAGCAGCAGCAGCAGAACGCGGACGGGCCACGCACAGUGAUCACCCUGAUGGGCGGGCGCGGCUACUGGCGGCAUGUCUGGUACAACAGCAGCGGCAGCUCGCCCGGCCAGAAGGGUGGCUCCGGUGUUUGCGGCACGGCUGGUGGCGCUGGCUCGGGCUCUGGCGGCGGCGGCAGCUCCGGCAGCUUCUCGCCGCUGACCGCCAACUCCAACGAUGCGCAUAUCGUGGUGUGGGAGAAGAAGUUAUAAUCUCAGGAGUUGAUGUGCUGCUGCACUCUGCAGCAGCACCCCCACCAGCACCAUCCGCCCCUGACGGACCUCUGGCGGCGCGUGGCCGAGCAGCGUCGCAGCCGUGUCCGGUUCCGUGGCACGUUCACGCAACGCGAUCGGGAGCGCGGCAGCCAGGGUCUGGGCAGCGCCACCUGGCGGUCGGAUGGCGAGCGUCUGGCGGCGAGCGGCUCCAGCGGCAUGCUCAGCGCCAGCCUGAAGCGGCUCACCAAGCUGAAGCGCGGCGGCAGCCUGAAGGAGUUCUAAGCGGAGUCAAUCCACAGCUUGUCGCCACAAAGCAUCGUUUGCCAAAUGUAUAUAUCAAUAAUCAUCUCAUGUGUACUUUAUAGUGUAUAGGCUAGGCUUAGACACGAGCUUGGGGCUGGGCAGCUGCCAUGGCUAGCUUGAAGCAUAUACAUAUACAUAUAUAUAUAUAUCUGUUUAUUCACUUUCAUAUAUCGAAUAUAUACAUAUAUGUACUUGGCUAAUCUUUGAGCAAGAAGGAACUGCGCCUUAUUACAAUUUUUUUUUUGCGUCGCUCUAAUAUUUUU